CAUAUAUCGAACUCAUAACGCGGCAGCGCCAGACGGAAGUUAAACACCAUGGUUGAAGGAGGCUUGCUGGCAGGACUGGGAUGUCUUGAGAGUACCCUAACCAUCGUCGGCCUGCUCUAUGCCACUAAAGUGAUAGUCUACAUACUGUGGGAUGUGUUGGCCGGCGUGCGAGCACUCUUCUGGUCCCGGCUUUUUGAUAAGAAGCUGGUUGACACGUAUGGCAAGUGGGCAGUGGUAACGGGCAGUACAGACGGCAUUGGGAAGGAAUACGCCAGACAGCUGGCCAAAUAUGGCAUGAAUGUCGUCCUCAUCUCGCGUACACAGAACAAACUAAAGGAAGUUUCAACUGAGAUUGGCAAGAAAUAUGGAGUUGAGGUUGAAACUAUCCCGGUGGACUUCAGUCUGGGCCCCAUUGUCUACGAAGAAAUAGCCAAACACCUACAAGAUAAGGAGAUAGGAGUUUUGGUAAACAACGUCGGGGUUUGCUUAAAUCCGCCAACCAAGUUUGGUAAUGUGACGGACCAAGAGAUCUGGGCCCACGUUCAUGUCAACGUGGGGUCUGUGCCCGCCAUGACCAAACUAGUGUUGCCAGGCAUGCUUGCACGCAACAAAGGGGCUAUCAUCAACAUAGCAUCAAUGUCUGCCCACAGUCCUACGCCCUCGCUGGGGAUAUACUCUGCCACAAAGGCCUUCGUGGACUACUUCUCGUCGUCCCUACACUGGGAGUACCGGGACACAGGCCUCACUAUUCAGACCAUCAACCCCGGCUACGUAUCCACCAACAUGACCAAAUACUCUGCAUAUAUUCACAGCCCAAGUGCCACUGUUCCAACAGCAUCGGAAUAUGUCAGUAGUGCUCUGUCAACACUCGGGUACUCUCAGCGCUCUAGUGGCUACUGGAGUCACGCUAUCCAAACAUAUUUCAUGAACAAUGUCUUCAAUAAGUGGAUCUUGCUGUACAUACUAGGCGCCUGGCACACUUUCUUAGAAGAAGACAGCAAGAAGAAGAAGAAGCAAUGAAACUAAAUUGUUACUUCGGACCAGCUCGGAAAUACACACACGAAAUUAA